AUUUUCAGUUCUAAACGUACACUUGUGGGUGCCAUGGCUUCACUAUAGUGUUGAUUAACCAGUCACUCGGGCCGGAUGGCGAUUUGACUUCCUCCACCUCUGUAGAACGGAUUCUGAGAUCUUGCCAAUUCAAUUGAAACGAAAACUUUAGGAGUCAUGCCGAAACGCACCGUGGCCGGCAGCUUCUCGCUGCUGGUGUGGAAGAACACCUUGCUGCAGCGGCGCCACCCUGUGCAGUCGCUGAUCGAGAUCGGCGCCCCGAUCGUCUUUAGUAUCAUUCUGGUGGUGAUCCGAAGCCUCGUGAAGCCCAUGCCGUUCGACCAGCCCAUCGACUACGCGCCUUACAACCCUGUCAAGCUGCCGUUCAUCACGUCCAACAACGGCACAAACCUGCUCGCCAAAUGGAACGUUGCAUGGACACCUAACCAUCCUGCGCUGAAUGAAAUAAUGAGCAAAGUCGCAUGGUCGUCGGGGACAAAUCAAAUCGUCUUCGAAAACGAGGAAGAGAUGCUAAAAAACCUGACGUCUGAAUCGCCCUCCGCUGCUUCCGUGCCGAUGUUGGCUGGAGUCAUUUUCGACGGGGUCACCAACCUAGCCGACCCACUGCCAAAUAACAUUAAAAUUAGGCUCCGGUUUCCCGCAGAAAAGCGAUACUUAGGGUCUUUCGGUGUUUACGACAUCCCUUUCCCAAUUGUUUGGUUCACUGGAUUUCUCUUCCCCGACUACCAAAUACCUGGACCAAGGUCAAACAUCUCGAAUGAAGGGGGACCACCAGGGUAUUCUCAGGAGGGCUUUUUGGCUCUACAAAAUUCAAUUUCGAAAGCCCUGAUCGAGUAUCGGCUGAACCAGCCUCUGCAGAACAUCAGCAUUCGCAUGCAGAGAUUUUCCCAUCCGGAGUACAUCGACGACCCUUUGAUUGUGGCCCUGCAAAGUUUCGUCUCUCUCAUCAUUAUGCUGAGUUUUGUCUACACGAGCAUCAGUUGUGUGAGAAUGGUGACCACGGAAAAGGAAAAUCAGCUCAAAGAAUCCAUGAAAAUAAUGGGUUUGCCAAAUUGGAUGCACUGGACAGCCUGGUUUCUCAACUUCAUGUCCCUGCUGUUGAUCGCCAUCAUUUUGAUGACUGUCUUGCUCAAAGUCGACUGGUACGGCACGGGUCUGUCCGUUUUCACGCAAAGCGAUGCAUCAGUUAUUUUUGUGUUCCUCCUCCUCUUCGCGACUUCAACCGUGACGUUUUCCUUCCUUAUCUCCGUUUUCUUCUCUAAAGCAAAUACGGCGGCCACAAUAGCUGGAGUCGUCUACUUCCUGAACUACUCGGUUUACUAUUUCCUCGAGGAAAACUACAACUUCUUGCCAACUGGAUCAAAAGUGGGCGCCAGUCUUCUGUCCAACACGGCUAUGGCUUUCGGCUGCCGCUUCAUUAUUGAGUUUGAGGGUGCUGGACCGGGCGUGCAGUGGAGCAAUUUGUUCACUCCACCCUCACCGGACGACGGCUACACCCUUGGAGGAAUAAUGGGGAUGCUCCUUUUAGACGCCGUUCUCUAUAUGGUCCUUGCUCUUUACAUCGAGGCGAUUUUCCCAGGCGAUUACGGCGUGCCCCAGCCUUGGUAUUUCCCUUUCACGGCUGAAUUUUGGUGCGGCUCUAAAGUAGACGAGGAACUUGUUCCUGACAACAUUGACAACAGCAAUCCCUUAUUCGAGCAAGAUCCGGUCGAUUUGUAUGCGGGCAUCCAAAUAAAAAGCCUUCAAAAGGUCUUUGGUAGCGCAAAACCAGCUGUUAGCAAUGUAACGAUGAAUAUGUAUGAGGACCAAAUUACGGUUUUGCUCGGCCACAACGGGGCGGGAAAGACAACAACAAUGUCCAUGCUAACGGGCUUGCUAACUCCAACAAGUGGCACGGCAGUGGUCGGCGGCUUUGACAUAAGGAAAAACAUUAAGAAAGUGCGCGAGAGCCUGGGACUGUGUCCGCAGCACAACAUCCUUUUCGAUCAGCUAACCGUUAAAGAACAUCUCGUAUUUUACUGCAGACUAAAAGGGCUGUCAGGAAAAGAAAUGAAGGCAGAAGUGAAGAAAUACAUAGAGCUUCUUGAUUUCCAAACGAAGAAAAAUUCAUAUUCGAAGACUCUGUCUGGAGGAAUGAAGAGGAAACUCUCUGUUGGCGUUGCGCUAUGCGGUGGCUCAAAGGUUGUAAUGUUGGAUGAGCCAACUUCUGGAAUGGAUCCAGCCUCCCGGAGAACGCUGUGGGACUUUUUGGAGAAGGAAAAGAAGGGCCGCACGUUGCUCUUGACCACGCAUUUCAUGGACGAGGCAGAUUUGUUGGGUGACAAAAUUGCGAUCAUGGCGUCAGGAAAACUGCAGUGCUAUGGAUCACCAUUCUUCUUGAAAAAGAAAUAUGGAACCGGCUAUUAUUUGGUGAUUGUGCAAGAUGGGAAUUGCGAUAUUAAAGGAGUCACGAAUCUGCUGCGAAAGUACAUCCCCGACGUAAAAGUGGCCACGAACAUUGGCACAGAACUUUCAUUCCACUUGCCAGAAGACAAGGUUGGGGUAUUUGAGGGAAUGCUUCAGGAAAUAGAGGACCACAAGCGCACACUGGGAGUUCUCAGCUAUGGUGUGUCGCUGUCAACCAUGGAGAAUGUUUUUGUCAAGGCUGGACGAGACGUGGAGGUAGACGAAUUUGAGUUUGGAGAUAAAGCAACCAAUGGCCUGGUUAAAUAUGACGGAAAAAAUAGCAGUGAGACCCUGUUCCAUGAAACAGGAUCAGAAACGCGCCUUGAACUCAACCCCCAUCACACAUACACGGGCUGGAAGCUGACGCGGAACCAAUUUUUCGCCAUGAUGAUGAAAAAGGCGCUCUCGCAGGUCCAGUCUUGGCUCUUGUAUUUCAUCCAAAGCAUUCUGCCGGCAUUUUUCCUCAUCAUUGUGAUAAUCGUGGCGAAAGCUCUGCCUGGUCAGGAGAACUUCCCAGCCCUGGACAUGUCUAUAGGCUCGUAUCCACUGCCAAUUACACCAGUUCAAUUGCUUUCGGAUCAAGCGUCUGUGUCUUUGAUGUACGAAAAAUAUUUGGAAAGUCUGCAAGGCUACAGGACAGACAUUGUCGCUCCUGGCACGACCAUGCGUGACUUCAUUUUGCAAAAGGGCCGUGAUGACAUUGUCGUGUACAACAUGCAGUACAUCGCUGGUGCAACGUUUGACUACGACAGUGAAACUCGCCGGGACAGCAUCACCGCGUGGUUCAGCAACCAACCUCUGCACGCCGCACCGUUAGCGCUAGACCUUGUCUAUAAUGCCAUCAUGAAGCGCUAUUUGGGCGAUCAGUACAGCAUACAAACCAACAAUCACCCUCUACCAUAUCGGUCUACAACAAGGGUGCAGCUGCAGUUGACGGGAACUCUCAGCAAAGGAUUCCAAUACGCGUUCAACGUCGGUUUCAGCAUGGCGUUCGUGUCUGCAUUCUACGUGCUAUUUUACGUUCGCGAAAGAGUGACAAAAUCGAAACACCUGCAAUUCGUGUCCGGCGUACAAGGCUGGAUGUACUGGUUCACCGCAUUCCUUUGGGAUUUGUUCGUUUUUAUUUCACCCGUCGGUCUUGUAUGCAUAGUUUUCGUAUCGUUCCAAGAAGAGGGACUAAGAACCCCAGAAGAACUAGGUCGAUUGAUUCUUGUCUUAUAUGCGUUUGCAUGGUGCGUGCUGCCAAUUACUUAUCUGACGUCAUUCUUCUUCGAUGUGCCUUCUGAUGGAUUCUCGCGACUCACCAUCCUAGCCACCUUCUUAGGUGUAGCCGCUUUCAUGAUCGUCGUGAUCUUGCAAACGCCAGAGCUGGGAUUAGUGGACGUGGCAAACACGCUCGAUUGGAUUUUCAUGCUCUUCCCGCACUACACUGUCACAAUGGCAGUAUUUAACCUCUACCAAACGUACUUGUCCAUCAAGGUGUGCGCACCACUGCUUGAUUUUUGCCCAAUAUUCGCGGAAGUUGGAACACCAAACGCUUGCUGCAAAGUUCCAGAGCAGUGUCCAAACGGCCAAUGCUUUCCAUGGACCGAAAACUAUUUUGAUUGGGGCACGACCGGAAUAGGAAGGCAACUGGUGUACAGCUUCGUCGAAGGAGCGAUCGCUCUGCUUAUUUUAAUAGUCUUUGAGUACCACUUAUUCGACGACUUCAUUGUUUUCGUCAAGGCCAAAUUCCUGCGCUACGUUCUGCGAGUGCACCCAGUGCGGCCCGAGGACAGAGAAGAGGACGACUCGGACGUCGCGGCCGAAAAGGCAAAACUGCUCAGCACUGGCAUUGAUGAGCUCAAUCGGGAGUAUUUGCUGGCGAUGAGAAAUGUGAGCAAAUACUACGGCACGUUCCUGGCGGUGGACCGCUUGAGUAUCGGAAUUCGGAAAGGCGAGUGCUUUGGUCUGUUGGGUGUCAACGGCGCCGGCAAGACAACCACCUUCAAGAUGCUGACCGGAGACGAGAAGAUCUCGUCAGGCGACGCCUAUCUCUGCGGUUACAGCAUCACCUCGCAGAUGAAAGAGGUUCAUCAAAUAAUCGGCUACUGCCCUCAAUUUGACGCGCUGCUUGACGACCUGACCGGAAGGCAGACUCUCACCAUCUUCUGCCUGCUGCGGGGCAUCCCCUACAGGGAGUGCGCCGAAAACGUCGACAACCUGGCCAAGGAGUUGCUUUUCACCAAGCACAUCGACAAGCAGGUCAAAAAUUACAGCGGCGGAAACAAGAGGAAAUUGAGCACCGCGGUGGCCCUGAUCGGGGACCCGCCCGUUCUGCUGCUUGACGAGCCUACUACCGGAAUGGACCCCGUGGCGAAGCGGCACCUUUGGAACGUCGUGUGCAAAGCCAGAGACUUGGGAAAACUAGUCAUCCUUACCUCGCACAGCAUGGAGGAGUGUGAGGCGCUGUGCACCAAGCUGGCCAUCAUGGUGAAUGGCGUGUUUAAGUGCCUUGGCUCAACGCAGCACCUGAAGAACAAGUUCGCGGAAGGCUACUCUCUUAUAAUUAAAGUGACGGCUGAGAGUGAAUCAAGCUCGCAUGAGCGGAUCUUCAAUACUCAGCCGGCCAGGGAUUUUGUGACGCAAACGUUUCCAAACGCCGAGCUCAAAGAAAACGUGCAGGGAAUGCUUUCGUACUACAUUAGAAAUCCGUCAAUUCCGUGGUCUCGCAUGUUCGGCAUAAUGGAGCGCGCGAAGAAAACGAUGAAUAUUGAAGACUAUUCAAUAGGACAAACGAGCUUGGAACAAGUGUUUUUGGCAUUCACAAAAUACCAAAAUCCAGUACCCGACGAGUGAUGGAAUUUUUUGUUUGGAAGAUUGUAUUUAUUUUUGUUGAGAUCUUACCUUUAAGAUUGCACAAGCUUCUUGAUGUAUCUCUUGAGCAUUGACACGUGGACUUGUUCCUGUGAACAUCAAAAAAUGAUAGUCAGCUCAAAUAAAAUGUAUUUAAAAGCAAUAA